CCGUCGGCCAUUUUGUGGAUGUUUCCUGUGGGACGCGGUGGUGGCGGUUGGGUCGGAAGAGUGAGCUGUUCUUCACGUCGUUUUUUUCCUGUUUGUUUUCUCGUCUUUUUGUCGGUAGAGCGCAGUUAUGGGUCGCAAGAAGAAGAAGCAGUUGAAGCCAUGGUGCUGGUAUUGUAAUAGAGAUUUUGAUGAUGAGAAGAUCCUUAUACAGCACCAAAAAGCAAAGCAUUUUAAAUGCCAUAUAUGUCAUAAGAAAUUGUAUACAGGACCUGGCUUAGCUAUUCAUUGCAUGCAGGUGCAUAAAGAGACAAUAGAUGCAGUACCAAAUGCAAUACCUGGGAGAACAGACAUAGAGUUGGAAAUAUAUGGUAUGGAAGGUAUUCCAGAAAAAGAUAUGGAUGAAAGAAGACGACUUCUUGAACAAAAAACACAAGCAGAGAGUCAAAAAAAGAAGCAGCAAGAUGAUUCUGAUGAGUAUGACGAUGAUGACUCUGCAGCUUCGACUUCAUUUCAACCGCAGCCUGUUCAGCCUCAGCAAGGUUAUAUCCCCCCAAUGGCACAACCAGGACUACCACCGGUUCCAGGAGCACCAGGAAUGCCUCCAGGCAUACCUCCAUUAAUGCCAGGUGUUCCUCCUCUGAUGCCAGGAAUGCCACCAGUUAUGCCAGGAAUGCCACCUGGAUUGCAUCAUCAGAGAAAAUACACCCAGUCAUUUUGCGGUGAAAACAUAAUGAUGCCAAUGGGUGGAAUGAUGCCACCUGGACCGGGAAUACCACCUCUGAUGCCUGGUAUGCCACCAGGUAUGCCCCCUCCUGUUCCACGUCCUGGAAUUCCUCCAAUGACUCAAGCACAGGCUGUUUCAGCUCCAGGUAUUCUUAACAGACCACCUGCACCAACAGCAACAGUUCCAGCUCCGCAGCCUCCAGUUACUAAGCCUCUUUUCCCCAGUGCGGGACAGAUGGGGACACCUGUAACAAGCUCAAGUACAGCUUCAUCCAAUUCAGAAAGUCUGUCUGCAUCUUCUAAAGCUCUGUUUCCUAGCACAGCACAAGCUCAGGCAGCUGUCCAGGGACCUGUUGGUACAGAUUUCAAGCCCUUAAAUAGUACCCCUGCAACAACUACAGAACCACCAAAGCCUACAUUCCCUGCAUAUACACAGUCUACAGCUUCAACCACUAGUACAACAAAUAGCACUGCAGCUAAACCAGCAGCUUCCAUAACAAGUAAGCCUGCUACACUUACCACAACCAGUGCAACCAGUAAGUUGAUCCAUCCAGAUGAGGAUAUAUCACUGGAAGAGAGAAGAGCACAGUUACCUAAAUAUCAACGUAAUCUUCCUCGACCAGGACAGGCUCCCAUUGGUAAUCCACCUGUUGGACCAAUUGGAGGUAUGAUGCCGCCGCAGCCAGGCAUCCCACAGCAACAAGGAAUGAGACCCCCAAUGCCACCUCAUGGUCAGUAUGGUGGUCAUCAUCAAGGCAUGCCAGGUUACCUUCCUGGUGCUAUGCCACCGUAUGGGCAGGGACCGCCAAUGGUGCCCCCUUACCAAGGUGGGCCUCCUCGACCUCCGAUGGGAAUGAGACCUCCUGUAAUGUCACAAGGUGGCCGUUACUGAUCUUACUUCAUCCAGUCUAAUAGGUUUGGAGAUUAAACCUUUUCUCAACUUGUGCUGUUUAUAUAGCCAAGCUUCCGUCAAUAAGGCAUCAUUGUGACUUUAACAAAAACAUUAUCUUCCCACAUACCAGGAACUAUUGGACAUUUAUUUUACAUGGGAAAAUUUAUUUGGAAUAAUAAAGCAGGAACUUUUCCUGAAGUUGCAAUUUAUACUGUAUGGCUUCUUUUUCAUGUUUCAUCUAGGUUUUUAGAAGUGAAGUAUAGUAAAUUUGGUUCGUUAUAUUGUGAAGGCGCUGGAAUUACAUGAACAUACCACCUUAAUAAAGGCAAGUUCUGUAAGCUUACAUUGCUAUUUGUAAAGUUAUGCCUUCACAGCAUUUCAGAUGCUGUUGGACUUCAUGUCCCCAACCUAGCUUGGUGAGGGCUGUAACUGUCUCCAAGUACCUGUACAUUGGAAGUCUGAAUGUGUAACAAUAUUUAAUGUAUUUAGAGUUCCUCAUGUUGCAGGGUUUAAGAAAUCUGACCCUCCAAGGUCAUGUGACUUUCCUGUACUGUUAAACUUCAUUGUAAUAAAAUGAGAGAAAAAUUUAUGCCUUUUUAUUCAUAACCCAGCUGUGGACCACUGCCUGAAAGGUUUGUACAAAUGCAUGCCAGAGUAGAUGUCCACAUAAUAAAAAUUCGUAGUUACCAAUGCAA